CCUUCAGUUGACAGGAAACUGCCCUGCAAAGUCUGUGUCUCUGCUUAGUUCAUGUCUGGAUCAGUUCAAUGCGGGGACCACCACAGUGGCUCUGAAACUAUUACAUUCUUCUCAUGCAGGCACCUCCAGCACCGCCUGUACCUCUGACACCCCCAGCACCUACAGUCCUUUCAGCUCCUUCAGUUUCUUCAGUUACAAACGAGUCUGCGCAGGAAGCAAAGACUGGAGGAAAGAGUUCUCCAUCAAGCAGCAUGAACAAGAGGGAGAAGAAAAUGACCAGUUCUCUUCAGCCUUCUGGGGAGGUGGUGUCAGGAAAGGAGGGGAGCCCCGUGGACAAACUAUCCAGACUCCAGCACGAGGUGUUCACGCUCACUGAGGAGCUCAAGUCACAAAAGGAGCUGGUGCUUCACAAGGCCCUGGAGGCAGCACAGCAGGAGAAGAGGACAAGCAAACAGUUCCUGGCAGCAGCAGGGGAGCAGGAGCGGCUGGAACUGGUGCGGCACAGAGAGAGGUGUAUCGCGGACCUGGACGGCCGCCUGGAGGCCCUGCUCAAAGACAAGGAGGAGCUGGAGCAGCGGCUGGCCAUCCAGGACUGCCAAGUGAAUGAGCUGCAAAAGCACGUGCAGCUCAUGAUGGAGAAGAACAAUGCCAAGCAGGAAGUCAUCCUCAAGCUCUCCGAGCAGGUGGCCGUCUGCAUGGCUGACCCCCAGCGUACCGUAGCCAACUCCAUGGGCACAGAGACCUCCUGCAGGCUGCAGGAGAAGAUUGAGCACCUCAAGGUUAUUUUAAAAGUUACUUUUACAUUACAGCCAUGGGAAGUACGUCAACUCUUGUUUCAAGAAACACGGAUAAAACCACACUCUUUUUUUUGGUUUUGUUUGACCACCAUGUAA